GUAGAAUGCACAGGGCAGUAGUUUUUUCCUUCCUUUUAAGUUGCUUUGCAGGAGAAACAUGAACGGCUGCUAAUUGGCAGCUGCGGACGACUGCCCAACGUGCCCUAUUUUACCCCGCGGACUCACCAGAGACUCACUCUGGGGUGCUACAAGCAGCUUCUGUCUCUGAAAUAAGGUGGGCAAGUGCCGAAGUCUCGCAACGAAGACAAGAAAGGAUGAGGGAGAGAGGCCCCGGCAGAGGAGGGAAAUAGAGAGGAAAGAGGGGGAAGAAGACAGAAACAAGGCAAAGCAAAAGAGGAACGCCAAAGAGAAUCUCUGGGAUAAAUAAAUAAAAAGACUUGUUUGGAGGAAAGGCAAGCUAGAUGAAAAGAUGAAGCCGAUAAAAAAGCAGGGCCGGCGCUCUCCUCCCUCAACCCGGGCAAAAGGGGGGAAGCGUCGAGGAGGGGGGGAUGCUCCAGAAGGAGGGGAGAAGAGGGACUCAGAUGAGAACAGAGACAGAAGCAGAUCCCCCCAAAACAGAGCGCCCUCCUCAUCCUAUUCCUCUAAUUCACUCUCAGAAUCCUCACUGGUAGACCCAAUCAGAGGGUGUGGCCCUUUGGAGGGGGAGGAGCUUCACAGAGACGGGCUGCCAGAGUCGACUGUACCGCUUGUGAUGGAUUCUGGGAAGUUGUUGCCAUCCUCGGAUGACAGAUCAGGGAUUUCUGCUUUGAGUGGUAGCAGUGACAGUGGUGGUAGCAGUUGCAGUAACAGUAGUACACCAAGCGCCAACAACAGUCCAAACCCUGUCUCCAGCCGGAAAACAGCCACGUUUAAGGCUCGAGUUCCCAAGAAGAAAUAUACCUCUGAACACUGCUCAUCUACUACUGGUAACCAUAGCCACCCUUCCACACCCCCUCCUCCUUCUCUUAGUGGUGGGGUCAUCAACCACGGGUCAACAGGAUCAGGUAGUGACAUCUGUGUCUCGCACCCUGACGCUAACAGUCAGAGUAGGAGACUGAUGGACGACUUCCACAACAGGACCACAGGCAGGGAGGGGCCUCAUCAGGACAGCUCUCCAGGACCCCCUACACUGACACUAGGAGUGGAGAGGGAAAGGCCUGCGAGACAUGAAGGGGUUCGAGAUGCGGAGCGAGUGUCGCCCAGCCCCUUGCCCCGCUGCUCCUCAACAGACACUGCCAGUGAGCACUCGGCUGACCUGGAGGUAGUUGGCGACUCACAUGCCCUCAUACACGCACCCCCUAGUCUCCCCGAUGCACUGUCUGAUGCCCUCGCCAAAGGGCUCAAAAAUCAGCGUGUCCUUGCCCGCCAGAUCAGGAGAAGAAGUGACGAGGAUGUAGGAGGAGAAAGGAAUGAUGAAGGUGGGAUCUCAGAAUUGGUGUUUCGGGCUGGAGUAGUCCGAAAGGUCAGUGGUGAAUAUGGAAGUCUGGAGGUGCAACUGAAUGGGGAGAAGACUCUGUGCCGUUAUCCAUAUCGACAUGACAGCCCCCCAGGGGUGGUGGACAUUAUCCUAGAUGCCCAGCCGCCUGGUGUCCAUCCAAUACCUAUUGGCACUCGUGUCUGUGUACCAUUUGGCAAUGAGGAGGGCAUUGAGGGUCAGUGGCAGUGGUACAGAGAAGGUGUGGUGACCCAGGUGGACACACAUCCUGCAGUGGCCAACCGCUACCGUGUCCUUCUGUCCGAGGAAAUAUCUCUAUCUGUAGCUGAGGACGAUAGAGGCAGAGUGGCUGCCGGUGCUCCUCAGGCAGUUUGGGUCUCCAGACAAACACUCAGGCUCCUGGUGCCACCUUGGGACCUGGAUCUACCAUCUGGAGCAGGCCGAGAUGGAGAAGAAGGGGUCAGGGACAAAGAAAGGGAGCGGGAAGACAGGGAGGAUAUAGAUGUGGAGAGGGAGGUUUGCCGUUUGAGCCAAGGAAUGACACCUGGUGUGGGAUCAGUGUUGGGGAGAGGAAUGCCCUAUCCAGGCAUGGUCCCUGUCUCCUCUACAUCAGGCCACAAUAUUGCCUCCCCUGUAACCCCAGCAUCAGUCCUUAGCUUAGCUCCAGGGAGAGAGUGGGAGGGAGAGAGGGACCUCCAAAGAAAACAGGAUAGAGAUAGGGAAAGAGAGCGAGAAAGGGAGAACAGUGGAAGGCAGCAGCCACAACUGCAGCACCAACAUCAGCAACUCCUCCCGUACAUGCCACUCACCCCUGAAGAAGACAUGGAGGUAUCCCACUUUAACAUGGUCCCAAUGGGGGCAGUCAUACCUGGGGUCAAACCAAUGGCAAUUCCCCAACACCGCCAUAUUGUCUCUAAGCCCCCGCCUGGCUACCUCAAUCCCCACAUGUCUGUGGUGCGGGGCAUCGGGAUACCCCCUGCACACCUGGCCUUGAACCCCCACCCCCCUCCUUCACCCGUCCUGCUAGGCCUUGACCCAGUAACAGCAGCAGCUGCAGCAGCUGGUGCUGUCAUCACCACCCCUCAGCUACCCCCUCUCCCUCCUAAUUCCUCUUCUGGCCCAUCCUCCUCCAGAAUAGAGAAGGCUUCAGGAGGAGGUUCUUCCAGUGGAGGUGCAGGCGGUGGUGGGUCAGGAUCUGGUUCCUCAUCACGUUCCCGCACCCCACUGACAGCUGCCCAGCAAAAGUACAAGAAGGGAGAUGUGGUGUGCACACCAACAGGCAUCCGUAAGAAGUUUAAUGGGAAGCAGUGGAGGAGGCUGUGCUCACGAGAGGGAUGCUCCAAAGAGUCUCAGCGCCGUGGAUACUGCUCCAGACACCUCUCAAUGAGGACCAAGGAGAUGGAAGCCACUGGAGGCGGACGGGAACGUGGGGGAGCCAGCAGCACAGGGACCCUGACGCCAUCUGACCUCCGACUAAGCGGUGGGAGAGCCAGCUCAGAGUUUGACUGGGAUGAGACUUCUCGGGAAAGCAGUGAAGCCAGCAGCCGUGGAGGAGACUCCCGCCCUCGCUUGGUCCUUCCCUCUUUGCUCCCCCAGGACCUCUCUCGUUUUGACUUUGAUGAGUGUGAGGCAGCAACAAUGCUGGUCUCCCUGGGCGGUUCUCGCUCAGGUACUCCAUCAUUCUCCCCUAUCUCCAACCAGUCGCCCUUUUCCCCAACCCCAUCACCCUCACCCUCUCCGCUCUUCGGCUUUCGCCCUGCCAAUUUCAGUCCAAUUACUGCUCCCACCUCACUUCCCCGAAACCGCCAUCGCCAGCUCAGUGGCACUAAGAUGGGUACACCAGGAGCUGAUCGAGAACGGCACCUCUCUGGGAUUAUGCCCACAUUUCAGACCAACCUUACUUUCACUGUCCCCAUGAGCCCCAGCAAAAGGAAGCUCGACUCCCACCCUCCUCCUCCACUGCCUACAGUUCAGGACUACCAGACCAAACCUGAGCAGCAGCAGCUUAUGAGUAUAGGUGGAGGCAUGAUUGGAGAUCCAACAAUGGGCCACAGCCCUGCAGCUUUCAGAGUCCUCUCACCCCAGAGUCAGCCCACAACUCCUUCCUCACUCUCCUUCCCCAGGCCUCGAAGCGCCACAAGCAGACCACCAUCCUCUGCUGCCUCCACACCCCCACCCAUGCUGGUUUCUCCUACUCCCCCCUCCCCACUGCCCCAGGAACCUUCUCCCCGACGAAUUGUGCCCCUCCGUGAUUCCCCAGUCAUUGUGCGAAACCCAGAUGUUCCCCUGGCCAAGUUCUCUGAUGGCCCAUUAGGAAGGAGAGAAAGAAGCAGGUCCAGAGAGCACAGCCAAUCACAACAUGCAGCUCCCCCGGGCCUGCAGGUCCCUGUUCCCAUCAAUGGGGCCACCACCAACGGUGGAGUUCUCCUGCGGAACCCCACAUCCACACUUGUCCUGGUCACUUCCAGCUCGUCCCUGACUCCAGCAACAGUGGGCAAUGCUGCCCUGUCCAGCCCCUCCAGCAUUGGGUCAAUGCCUACGUCAUCAGGCUCAAUCCUGUCCUCCUCUGGCUCCGGGAGCAGGGAGAGGAAACCUGAGGGACACCAGGACGCCUCUGGAGGGGGUCUACCACAGCCGGUAGCCUGUCACCCAACCCCGACUGCCCUUUUGCCGCUCAUACUGCCAGCUGAGUCGCCUCACCCUGCUCCACGCAAGCAAAUCAUCAUGGGACGCCCAGGAACGGUUUGGACCAAUGUGGAGCCUCGGUCGGUGCCAGUGUUCCCUUGGCAUUCGCUCGUCCCUUUCCUGGAGCCCAGCCAAUCAGGAGCGGCUGCCCAGCCUGCUGAUGGCCAACAGCUUGUCAAUCAGAGCAAAGAGCCUCGUUGCGGUGUGGCCCUGGUGAGCGACGGACGGACUGGCCCUCCUGACCUAGAGAGGGGAUCGCCGUCACGCCCUCCCCCGACCAAUGACAAUCCUCCUACAGACAGGGGCGGGGCUGACAGCGAGACAGAGAGUGAUACAGAUGACCCGUUUUCUCCGGGUGUGGCCAGUGAUCCAGCUCCCUCCUCAGGCACUAUCAAGAGACGCACACAGUCCCUCAGCGCCCUGCCCAAGGACGCAGACAGAAAGAGGGAGAAAGACCACAUCCGCCGUCCCAUGAAUGCAUUCAUGAUCUUCAGUAAACGCCAUCGGGCCCUGGUGCACCAGCGACAUCCCAACCAGGACAACCGAACAGUCAGCAAGAUCCUUGGGGAGUGGUGGUACGCUCUGGGGCCCAACGAGAAGCAGCAGUACCACGAUCUGGCUUUCCAGGUGAAAGAGGCCCACUUCAGAGCCCAUCCAGAUUGGAAAUGGUGCAACAAGGACCGCAGGAAGUCGCUGUCGGAGGGCCGUGGGACCCCGAAGGAGCAACGGGAGAGGAGCAUGUCAGAGAGCACAGAUCCUCACUCGGAACCCCAGGUGCUGGAGGGGAAGGGAGGGGGCUCGGGAUGGCCUGGAGGAUCAGAGCGUCGAGGGGGUCUGUUUGUGGGGCAGCACCCCCGUCCCCGAGCCUUUUCCCAGAGCGCCGUGCACACCCUGGAGCAGAGGGAGAGAGACCUAGAGAAGGAUGACGGGGCAACUAUGUUCCGCCACCGGCCCCUGCCUCAGUCCAUCUACCAGGGCGGGGCAAGUGAAGACGUGACCAGCGAUGAGGAGCGUAUGGUCAUCUGUGAGGAAGAGGGGGACGAUGAUGUCAUGGACGAUUCCUGUCCUGAGGGCUCCAUCGACCUCAAGUGCAAAGAGAGAGUGACCGACAGCGACGAGGAUGAACCAGAUGGACAGCAUGGCUUCCAGCCAGUGGCUCGCUCCUCUCUCCCCUCUUCCUCUCCCUCCAUCCCUCACUCCGACUCCACCUCAUCUAAAGGGAACAGUGGAGGGGGAGGAGGUGGUGGUGAAGAGGGAUCUGAGAGGAAGAGAAAGAGAGGCACAGACGGAAGAGAGGAGGGGAGUGAGGGAGGAUCCAAGAGAGAGGAGACGGCAGCAGGUGGAGGAGAAGGAGGAGUGGAAAGUGGGCAGGGUGUUUCCUCUCUGUCCAUCGCAGGCUUAUCCUCCAGCUCCACUUUGGCCCAGCAGGGUCUGACCCAGGUUCUCAGCGCCGUCCGCAUGGCCCCCACAAUGGUGACCAACGUGGUACGACCCAUCGCCAGCACGCCCAUCCCCAUCGCCAGCAGGGCAGUGGAAGGGACCGCCCCCCUCGGCUCCCUGCCCCAGGACAAGAAAACUACUCUCCUGAUUGGAGGAGGCGGACCUCAGCAGCUGCCAAUCAACGCAGGGGGUGGGUACCUAUCCUCAUCCUCCUCUCCUGGUCCAGUCAGUGUAACCCCUUUGGGCAGCAGCGGCCUGGUCACUAGCCUAGUUCUGGGUGGGUCCUUUCCUGCUACCCAACCUGUGCAGCUUCUCCCCCCGCAGCCACACGCACAACCCCCGCUUCCUGUUCUCCACCCUACUGCUGCCACCUCCUCUCACACACCUCCCGCCAGCCUCAAGCCACUAGCUCAGGUCCAGUACAUCCUGCCAACCGAGAGCCCCUCGUCCCCUCAACUUACCCACCAGCAAAUUCUCUCCCUGCCCACCAAUACCGCCCUGGCAAAUGGCGUGCACUCGGGGGCGGGGAUCAGAGUUGCAUCAGUCAGCCCCGGGACCAGAGUCCAAACGCAGUCGCCCGUCUUGCAGAGCAAGAUGUUGGUUCCCAUGGCAACAGUCAGAACAGGGUCUACUCCUCCUCACCCUUCCAUUUCCCUGGUCGCUCCGCCUCUUCCUGUGCAGAACGGCUCUGCGACAGGAAACAAGAUUAUCCAGAUCGCUCCCAUGCCUGUCGUCCAGACCAGCGUUCACCCUAGCGGUGCAGCAGCAGUGCAUCCUGGGAGCCCUUUUCCUGUUUCUGUGGCAACGAUGAUGGCUCCUGGUGCCGCGCCUCCACAGACCGUUCUCCUGACCUCUCCACCCACCAGGAUCACUUAUGUCCAGUCUGGUCCAGGAGUUACAACAGCAACACCCCAGCAGGCCACACCCGCCCAAGGCCCAGCUUAUCUCCAAUCAUCUAUGGCAACCCUCGGCUUCGCUGCAGUCGCCCCGGCUGGGCAAACCCUGGUUCAGCCAAUCGUUGGUCAACAGCCUCUUUUAGCUCCAGCCCCGCCCCUGAGCUGUCAAUCACAGACCCCUCCAGGUCAGGCCUCAGGGACCGCUGUGCGUCAGGUACUUACUGCCAUCUACCCAGCACCAACCAUUGCACUGCCUCCUGGUGUGGUCUCCAUGACAAGCGUGCCAUCUGCAGUGGCCGCCCCAGCCCAGGACCUGAUGAAACCCUCCUCUCCAUUGGCGACAGGGGUGCAGGGUUCACCGGUGACAACCCCUCAGCCGAACAUGGCGGUGGAGUUUGACUCAAAGGUGGAGGUGAAGAAGGAAUGCCUGAUGGACGGUCAGGCUGAGGAUGCAGGAAGAGGAUUGUCGAGCUGCGCUUUUGGCUUUACUUUACCUUCCUGCAUGGGUAACGCAACAGUCAAAAAAGAGGAGGACAUCUGUUUGCAAAUCAAAGAGGAAAAUCUGAGAGACGGACACAUCAGAGAGACUCUGAGCGAGAUGGACAGAGAGCGAGAGAGAGGGAUGAAGGAGAACAUCGACAAGAAGGGAGAUUUCGAGACGGACAGAGAAGACAUCAGUCGGAGAGACAGCAGCAAAGAGGCUGGACCUCGUUCCACUCCUCCAGCAACCUCAGGUUUGGACCCCCCUCCCCCUCCCCCUACGGAAAGAGAGGCCCCCUCUUCGUCAAAGAGGAUCAAGUUCAGACCUCCUCCACUCAAAAAGACACCUGACUCUCACGACAAGGUCUUGUCUGAGACGUACUUCGAGGAGCGUUUUGCUGAGCUUCCAGAGUUUAACCCUGAAGAGGUCCUUCCUUCGCCCACUCUGCAGAGUCUGGCUACCUCACCUCGAGCCAUCCUGGGAAGCUACCGCAGGAAGAGACGUAACUCUACCGAGCUGGAGCCCUCAGCAGAAGACCCCAUCUCCCCAAGGAGGAAGACUCGCCGUCUCUCCAGCUGCAGCUCUGAGCCUAACACCCCCAAGAGUGCGGCCAAGUGUGAGGGAGAGAUCUUCACCUUCGACAGAGCGGGUCCAACAGGUACAGAAGGAGAGGAUAUUCUUGGAGAGAUAGACCGGGCUCCCUACUCUUCUCUGCGUAGAACUCUGGAUCAGCGCCGGGCCCUGGUCAUGCAGCUGUUUCAGGAACACGGCUUCUUCCCUUCAGCUCAGGCCACUGCUGCCUUCCAGGCACGCUACUCAGAAACCUUCCCCACCAAGGUGUGUCUGCAGCUGAAGAUCCGCGAGGUCCGUCAGAAGAUCAUGCAGACGGCCACGCCGGGAGCCUUCGAGUUCGGAGGGUCAGCCGAAACCAGCCCCGCCCCGUCCCACAGCUCCUCUUUCAAUCAGUCAUCACGGGAGGACGGAGGGACGGAGCAGCCGGGAGACAAAGGCCGGAGUCCCGAGGAGCCAAAAAGCGAAGGAUCAUAAGCUGGAGUGGAUGAAGAAGUUGGAAAUCAAGAAAAAGAAAAAAGAGAGAGAGGAGUGUCGUCCCGCAGAAUGUCCUUGUAUGUGUUGCACCAGUACUCCAGCGGGACCUGAUCCACCGGCACUAAAUCUUCACCAGACCUGGGCAAAAAAAUACAUUUGAAUAUGGUCACAAAUAUUCAAAGUACUCAAGGUGUGCUUGAUUUGUCGAAUCAGACAUUCAAAAAAAGGAGCCUCAAAAGUGGAUGAAUAACAUGCAAGUCUUGAUGAGUCAAGUGCCCCUUUGAGUUUGUCUUCUUUGUUUCCAACUAUCAAGAAUAUUUGCAGUUCACGCUUUGCCCAGGUCUGCUCUCAGCACAUUUGUACAGUAGUUUGUAGUUUCACACACAAACUCGGUGGUACACACUCAAUCUCCAGCACACACACACACACACACACACACACACACACAAACAUACACAUUAACACUGGUGCAUAUGUAAUCUCCAGCAUGCACAGAAUCCCACACAAACACAUACGCACACACACACACACACACAUACACCCUUACCAAAUCAGACUGUUACUCUUGGUUGGCAGUCCCCAGAGGCCGCCACCAAGGACCAUGACACACAAAGGCACUUUGUCACUUAUUGUGCAGAUGCAGUUUGCUGUUGCCAGCCAGCCAGCCAGCCCUCAGAUGCCAUUGACUUGACCUCCUUCUCGCCCUUCCACUCCUCAGCACAGUGGUCGGGACACAAACACAACCCCAACGACCUCCACUUAUAUUCCACAGCCCCUAGAUGCUGCAAGACAGACAGCACACACGCACACACACACACACACACACACACACACAUUUAUAUAUAUAUAUGAAUAUAUACUGUACAUUGCAGGCAUACACACAGACAUGGACACAUCUGUGCAGUGUGAGCACUCAUACACAAACAUAGUCAACCCUGGUCUGACCAAGCCAUCGGCCUGCACAGUUUUUAGUGAUUGUAGUGAGAAGAGAAGCUGAAAGCAUGAAAUCUUUUCGCUCCUGGAAAACAGAAAGAAAACAGGAGUUGGGAUGUAGUGUGACCAAUAUUUGCACCUUCAGUUAUUGCCAUUAUGAAAGACUGAAUCCUCAUUGGCGGGAGCUGAUUAUAUAUGUCUGUAUGUCUGUUGGGGUGCCAUCCCCAAAUCCUGUGUGAACAGGCUCCGUAAAGAGAUUAUGUAAAGAGACUAAUGGUUGUGAGGCUUUGAAGAUUCAACGUUAAGUUCGACACUGACUGGCUCCCAACAGAGCAGAGGGAAAAUGCAGAAGAAGAAGAAGAAGAAACUGGAUGAUGUUCACUUUGACAGAAGAGUCAUAUUCCAACUACAGGAAGACAUAAUAAUAGCGAAUAAGGACAACAACAACAACAGAGCGAAAAGUAGAAUUUUAACCAAACUUCUCUGAAUCUCCCAGUGGAUAUAAUGUUGCUUUCUCUCGUUAUCGUUGCCGUGGACAUAACCAGUUUUACCGUGGCCUGUUUUUCUCUUGUGGCUCUAUUGUGUUUCUUCUCCAGCAUAAAAAAAAAUCACAACAAAAAAGAAAAACUUUGGACAAAGAAGGGGACAAAAUCAGUCGGUGGCAGCCCCUACUUUCAAUCAUACCUGGGGCGGUUCUCCACCUCCCCCUCUCCCCUUCCCUCUGCUACAAUUUCUCACCAGACACAGAAGUGGGGGAGCAGGGGUGAUUGUCGUUUUGUUAAAAAACGCAGAAAUCAGGUGUUUGCACAAUUUGUGCGGCCCCUCUCGUCUGGGACCGCCGCAAGUUAAAUCAGGAAAGUAUUGUUUUUAGAGAUUGUUUUAGUAGAAAAAAUAAUAACCUUGUUCCGUAUGUUAUAAACCUCCUUUCUCCUCCCCCUGUCCUCCUUUCUUUCCCCUCUCCUGAUAACCCAUUUCUCUUCGGUCCUGUCCAUCCCCCUUCCUUACCUCUAUCGGGUCUCUGUGGCCCCCUCAAGUGUUGUUAGAAAGUGCCCUUAAGCACUGGUCCCGGGUCAAGCGCUAUGUAGCUCAGGAUGGCUCUGGUUAGGGUUAGUUCAGGGAAAGCAGAUCCUAGACCAGCCCUGGAGGGCAGUCUCUGGAGCCCUCCCCUCUUCCCUCUCUUCUCGACACUUUAUCCUUUCCCGUCAAAUGGUGCAAUAGGAAAUUUAUUUUUUUGGAAGUGGGUGGGUUAUUUUGUUUCCGGGGAAAGGCUCUGUGCCAUAGAUAUUAAACCCAGUGCAGUCGGUCAGUGAGAGGAAGGUUGUGAUAAUAUCUUUAACGAAGGUAUAAAAGAAAAAAGAAUCACACGAUUAUUGUUCUUGUUGAAGAGAUAGAGGGUUUAACUUACUAAAAGUCAAAGACAACUUUUGAAUAGCACUUUUUGGCUCUUUGCUUCCUUGGUGAAGAGUGGGGGUAGUUAUUAUUAUGGGUAUCUCUUUUGUUUCUCUGUAUACAGUUGGAUGUGUGCAAAAAUAUAUAUACUGGUAUUUCCAUAUUUGUGCAUUUAGGUCUGUGUUUGGGUGUGUGUGAAUGUUUUAGCACAUGCAGGUAGUGUGUGUACACAACCAACCUCUUGUUCUUUCUCCACACAGCAACAUAAUCAAUAGUAUAUUUUUCAUUGUAUUCUACAUUCUAUAUUCUACUCUAGAGACAGUAUUUUUAUAGUCACCAUGACUAUUUUGUCCACCAUCUUGACUGUUAUCGAACCCAGCUGAUUCAGGAUAUAUUCCAGAUAUAUAUUCCGGAUAUACGUUGUAUAAACAUAUACAAAGACACAGGUAAUAGAAGACUAUCAAUUCACAUCUCUGGGGUUAGGGCUGUUAAGUGUCCAUCUGCAUGCAUGUGCAAUCACAUGCACACUUGCACACACACCCACACAGACAUAUGUGCAUACACACACAUGUAUGCGUGUACACUGUAUGAUUGUGCUUAAAAAUAAACUGUCCUUACUUUGGAGAAGGAAUUUUAGGAUGAGCGAGGUGAGUGUUAUCUCAUAAGCAGGCAUGUUGACCAUGUGCAAUAUUUCUAAACAACAAAAACUAAAUAUUGAAAAUAUUAAAGAUCUAACACAAUGUUGUACGUGUUUGUGGUUUUUUGAAGGUUUGUUCAUGUGUCAGUAUUUCACCAGAGAGUAGGCUUUAUUCAUGAAUCCACACACUGAAGGGGUCAAAUUGCUUUAAGAGUAUUCCCUGAUAUAUUGGGGACUACAAAUGUAAAGUAGGUAAUAGCUAACUCUGAUACAGCUAAAUGACUGUACCCUGUCCCUGUCCAAAUAAACCAAAUAAACAAAUUACAAUCACGA